AUGGAAAACCAGUCAAAUUUUAAUGACUUUAUACUAGAAGGAUUUGUCAGCGUUGAAAACUACAACCUUGCAAUGUUCACUGUUUUCUUUGUCAUCUACCUUCUAACUCUUUUUGGAAAUAUAUUGAUAAUCUUGGUGGUGUGUUAUCACAUAAAUCUUCAUACCCCAAUGUAUUUCUUUAUCACCAAUCUGUCUUUCCUGGAGAUAUGUUAUGUGUCCACUACAACACCCAACCUUCUAGCCAUGCUAAUAACCAAAAAUAAGAGAAUCUCCUUCCGCUGGUGCUUUGCUCAGCUCUACAUGUUCCAUACAUUUGGCAUUACAGAGUGUUAUUUAUUGGCCAUCAUGGCCAUUGACCGAUAUGUGGCCAUCUGCAAACCACUUAGAUACAACGCCAUCAUGAACACAAAGUCAUGUAUAUGCUUGACCUCCAUGUGUUGGAUCUUGGGAUUCUUAAUGGCAAUUAUUCCCACUUCACUCACAUCACAAGUUUCAUUUUGUGGAAGAUACUUUGUUAACCAUUACUUCUGUGACCUUGCUCCUUUACUAAGUCUAUCUUGUGGUGAUAUAACCCUUACGGUCACCAUAAAUCGUUGUGUUGGUGGUUUUGCCACCAUGUUCAACCUGGCUAUAGUUAUUGCAAUGUACAUCAAUAUCAUAAUUUCGAUUGUGAAGAUAAAGACCAGCACAGGACGAAUGAAGGCAUUCUCAACAUGCUCUUCACACCUGACUGUGGUGACCCUUUUCUAUGGCGCAGCUUGUAUUGUGUAUGCUAGCCCCAAAGAAGUUCAUUCUGGGGAUUUUGACAAAAUAUUUUUCCUAAAUCCCAUUAUAUAUAGCCUGAAGAAUCAAGAAGUAUUAUCAGGUUUAAAAAGAGGAAUUCAAAGAAUUAGAAUUAAAAUAAAUGGAUAA